AUGAGCAGAGUCAAGGAAGCUCUCGACCGGAACGGAACCCUGGUCAUGCCCGGGGUUUACGAUGCCCUGAGCGCCCGCAUCGCCGAACAAGCCGGCUUCGACGUCAUCUUCACCACCGGCUACGGCAUCUCGGCGACGCUGCUGGGGGAGCCGGACUUCGGCAUCCUCACGCAGACCGAGAUGCUGAGCACCAUCUACCGUAUCUGCGGCGCGGUACCGACGCCGGUCAUCGUGGACUCGGACACCGGCUACGGCAACGCGGUGAACGUGGUCCGCACCGUCACCGAGCUGUUACGGGCGGGGGCGGCGGGCAUGUUCCUGGAGGACCAGGUCUGGCCCAAGCGCUGUGGCCACAUGAAGGGCAAGCAGGUGGUGCCCCUGGACGAGUAUCUCAAGAAGCUCAACGCCGCGGUGGCGGCCGAGGGGGACGGGGACCUCUUCAUCGUGGCCCGGACCGACGCGCGCCAGGCCCUCGGCCUCGACGAGGCCAUUCGGCGCGGUAUCGCGUUCAAGGAGAACGGCGCCGACGCGGUGUUCAUCGAAGCGCCCGAGACCCGCGAGGAGAUGCGGGAGAUUGCUCGCAGUGUUCCGGGGCCGCUGGUGGCCAACAUGAUCGAGCGCGGUGUCACGCCGCUCAUGACGCCGGCGGAGUUGAAGGAACUGGGUUUCGCGCUGAUCGUCUGGCCCGUGGGCCCGAUAGAGGAAGAAGGCAGGGAGAUACAAGAC